GUUGUCAAUUUCCAUCUCAAAGCCUAUCUAUAUGAGCUAGGCUGAGCCGCCCUUCUGAGCCGUCUUCUAGGACCAACGCUCAAACUUAUCCCCUCGAGAACGAAUUCUCUCCUUCUUGGCCGAGAAUGGCUGUCUCGGGUUCAGAAUGGUCGCUGGGGGAGCUUUUCUGGCAUCAAGAGGACAAGACAUUGCAGAUCACCAGGGUGUCCCAAGGAAAAUGCUUUUGCAUACAAAUCUUACCAUGCAGCUUCUACAAAUCUCCUAAUUCACUGGAAAGAUACAACCGCUUUAUGGACUUCUUGUGCGAUGAGGAAAAGGACUUCGAAAAGGCAGAAAUGGCCCAGGAAGAAUUUACACCCUUGAUAGUUGCACCCAUACUCGGGGUUGAUUGCGCUUGAGGAUCCGCUGUAUACAGAGCUUCAUCAUUUC